AUGGAAAAUAAAGACAAAAAUUUGGAUUAUAAUCCGUUUGAACAUCGGAAAGUGAAGAAACCAAAUUCAGAUAUAAGAUCAUUAGCCAAUCUGCUAAAAUCCUCGCUCGGAUCUGGUAUACUUGCUGUACCUUUAGCCUUCGCCAAUGCCGGGUGGGGUGUCGGUCUUGUUGGAACUAUCCUCAUAGCAUUCAUAUGUGCAUACUCUGUUCAUAUCUUUGUGAAAGUUUCAAGGGAUUGCUGUAAGGCAGCACGUAAGCCUUUAUUAAGUUACACAGAAACUUGCGUAGUUGCUUUUAGUAUAGGACCUAAAAGAUUGCGUCGAUUUUCUAGAGCAGCAGGAAUAUUCGCUGAAAUUGCUUUACUCCUUACAUACCUCGGAGUAUGCUGUAUAUUUACUGUACUUAUAGCUGAUUCAAUAAAACAGCUUUGUGACACGUAUUUACCGAAUUAUAUUUUAUCAGUGGAAUAUUACUGCUUAAUGUUACUUCCACCUCUGUGUUUCUUGGUACAAAUAAGAUAUUUAAAAUGGCUAGCACCGAUGUCGUUAAUAGCAAACGUUUUACUUAUAUCUACAUUUUGUAUAUGUUUAUACUAUAUUUUCAAAGAUGAAAUUAUAAUGUCAGACAAACGAAUUGUUGGUUAUCCUUCAAGAUUUCCUGCUUUCCUUUCAACAGUUAUAUUUGCAAUGGAGGGAAUUGGCGUUGUAAUGCCAGUUGAGAAUAAUAUGAAGAAACCUGAACACUUCCUAGGCUGCCCUGGGGUGCUGAUGAUUGCUAUGACCUUUAUCAUGAUACUGUAUGCUACGCUGGGUCUAUUUGGUUAUCUGCGAUACGGCGAUCAAUUACAAGGAUCCAUUACGCUUAAUUUACCUAUGGACGACUGGCCCGCAAUAUGUGCUAAAAUCUUUAUAGCCAUAUCAAUAUUCUUUACAUAUCCACUUCAUUUUUAUGUAGUAGGAGACGUUGUUACUAGAGUGAGUGAACCUUACAUCAAAGAAAAAUACCAAAAUAUUGCUCAAAUAUUUGGAAGAAUUGCCAUUGUAUGUUUCUGUGGUGGAAUUGGCAUGGCUCUUCCUUUAUUGGAGCAAAUCAUCAACAUAGUGGGCUCAGUUUUCUACUCUAUCUUAGGACUAAUCAUACCCGGAAUAUUAGACAGUGUUAUAAGGUGGGAUAACUUGGGCAAAUUUAACUGGAUCCUAUGGAAGAACUUCUUGAUUGUUAUAUUUGGUAUAUGUAGCCUGGUAUCAGGUUUAACGGUCACCAUAUUCGACAUUAUGGAGAAAGUAAAAGAAAAGUCACUAUGA